AUGACAGUCUCUCCUCUUACUAUUCUCGACAGACUCAUCUCAGAGAACUUACAUGGUCCAACUAUUCCAUUUAAUCCAAACUCUUCUGCUGCUGCAAAGGCUAAUUCUCUCAACUUUGACCAAUGGGUACUCAUUGGUGAUGAAUACACCGACUUGGAUGCUAAAGACCCAAGGUGCUGUCUUACUACAUUCUACUCAUCAUCUCUUAUCACUUCAAUCUGCAUAGAUUGA